AUGACUACCGCCCACAGACCCACAUUUGAUCCCGCACGAGGGAAAGAGGCCCUCCGCGGCCCUGCAUACCACCAACGCCUCCUCCCCGCACACACUCACCUGAAAGUCCGUCAAUCUGGUCAGGGAACUGAGGGCGAAUCGGCGCAUCGCGACCUGCGCGCGGAACUGCUCGCGGCAGAGGCUUCUCACUUUGCCAAGAAGAACGGAACUCCCUUGCCCGAGGCAUCCGUUGAAAGCACACCCAAGCGUCAGCUGGAAGGCGGUCCCGCGAACGGAGAAGAUGGAGAAUUAGAAGAAGAUCCGGAGGCGAAACGGCGGCGGAUAUUAGAGGAAACAAGAGAUAUAGAUGCAGACUCAGACGGGUCGGAGGAAGAAAGUAGUGACGAAGAGAGUGACGAUGAGGACGAGGCCGCGGAGCUUAUGCGAGAGCUCGAGAAGAUCAAGAAAGAACGGUUGGCACAGAAGGAAAAAGAGGAACGCGAACGCGCAGCGCAGGAGGAGGAACAACGAGAGGUCGAUAUUGCGCGAGGCAACCCGUUACUCAACCCGUCAGACUUCAACAUGAAGCGGCGAUGGGAUGACGAUGUCGUCUUCAAGAAUCAAGCGCGCGGAACGGACGACAAACGAGGAAAGGAGUUUGUCAAUGACCUGCUACGAUCUGACUUCCACAAGAAGUUCAUGUCCAAGUAUGUGCGAUAG